UGAGUAAAGAUCCAAGAAGGAUUUUGACAAAGAAUUAACAAUUUUUAUGACAUUAACACUGCUUUCAAGAGCUAUACCAACCAGAAAUCUUCUAAAUUGAGUGACAUCGCAGAGUCAUUGCUACAUAAGAAGAUUUGUAAGGGUGAACAAAUUUUUAAUUGGGAAAGAAGACCACUAAGAAAAUCCUAAAUGCACUAUGCUGCGGUUGAUGGUUAUAUCCUAACCCAACUGAUUGAUACACUGAAAGAGCUACUUGAAGAAAAUGGGAAAGAUAUUUCAGAAUUUAGCCAAGAACUAACUGAAAUUGUGAAGAUCCGUUCUCCCUUUAGUCAAAAAGGAACUCAAAGAACACCUCAGAAGAAGAAAGCUGAGAAAGAUAUCAAAAUUCUUUCAGGAUCGAGGAUCUUCUUAAGCGAUCCAUUAAGUGAGCUUAAAGAGAAGAAAGUACUUAAGUUUUACAAUGAUCCAAUGAUGAAGAAUCUUCAUAGAAUCCUUCUCCACCUCGGAUUAGACUCGAUUGUUUGCCCUCACAAGAUUAUAUAGUUGUAACUGAGGAAAGAAUCUUUGUGACUUAGUCACCUUCAAGAUUCAAACAGCAUUUUGACAAAGGAAGUAUCCUGAUCAACUCAAAG